AUGACUGAAGAAGAGAAUUGUCAACGAUAUUUUGCCAUAAGUAAAAAAAUGCCCAAAGACGUGAAACGCCAUUGUGGACUUUGUCGACAGCAUGGAAUGCUUGUGGAAACGCGUGGUCAUUACUGCAAUCGGAAGAACUGCAACUGUUCAAGGUGUUUGCUGAUACGUAAACGUCGACAAAUUAUGAGCACACAAAUUCGUAUACGCCGUGCACAGGAUAAAAUAUUCCAGCGCACUUCGGAGCCCAACCAAGCAACUAUCAUUCCCCAAAAUUAUCUUGAUAAAAGUGAUCCAGGAAUAUUCCAUCCCAGAAAAAUAACUAAAACAGGUACCAUGACCCAAAAUCAAUGCUACAUUUGUCAAAAAUGCAAAAAUCAUGGCUUUUUGGUUUGGAAAAAGGAACAUAAACGACACUGCUUGUAUGCGAACUGUAGAUGUGAUCAAUGUGAAUUGAUUGAAACGAGACGCAAAUUAGACCAAAUUUUGAAGGCCUCAAAAUUUAGAUCCAACAAACACAAAAAAGAACAACAAACUUAUGUACCAAUACCAAUGAAUUCACUAACCAAUUCAAAUAUGCUAACGACACCGAUUAAAAUGGACAAGCAACUAACACGACAAGCUUAUGAUCAAGGUGUCGCUGAAACACCUAUUCCUCAGUUGAACUUGUUAUUUAGCACGAUCUUGACAGCGAAAUCUCAACCUUCGUCUGAAACGAACAUGUCCGCUGUAACUUUCGAUGAAUCUAAAAAAUCGGAUACAGUAUCAGGGAAUGGUCUAGUAUAUCCUAUACCACUAAGGCCGCAAUCUUUUUUAUUACCUGUUACUACUGUAAAUAUGCCGACAUUUUGCGGUACUGAUGAAGUAUUGAAUAUUCUUGCAACAAUGCGACUUGUGCUUGACAUUCUUUAA